AGCAUCGUCCCUGGUCGCCGCGUUGGCGCCGGACGGUUGCAGCGGCGGCGGUAGCGACAUCGAUGACGGGGGGUACGGCAGCGGCGACAGCAGCAGCGGCGUCCCCGGUCGCCGCGUUGGCGUCGGGUGUCCAGACGGCCGCAACGGGGGCGGCGGCGGCGGCACCGGUGACGGACGUAUGUGACGAAGAGUUGGAGGAAGCGGUUGCGAGGAGAGCGGCGGCAAUGUUAGCGGCGAUGAGGGGCUGGAUGAAACCUGGAGUGGAGCCCCGACGCACCCUUUCGACCCCGGUAAGACAUCUUCGCGUGGCGCGAGGAGACGGGGGGCGGUACCAGGGGUUGCGUACCCCUUCGAUAGGGGCAGGAACGGGAGUGGCAGCUCCGGCGGCGGCAAUGGCGGCAGCCGCAGCAGCGACGAGAGUGGCGACUUCGGCCAGAGCUCCGGCGGCGACACCGGCGGCAGCAGGAGCAGCGAAGGAAGUGGUGACUUCGGCCAUAGCUCCGACGGCGACACCGGCGGCAGGGGCGGCUUCGGCCAGAACCUCGUCGGCGGCAGCGGCGACAACGGCGGCGGUGGUAGAGGCGGUAGAAGCGACGUCACCGGCAGCCGUGUUGGCGCUGGAACUCAUGACGGUCGUGGCGGCGGGGGAACGGCAACGGCGUUAUGGCGGCGGCGGCAGCGGCGGUGGCGCCCUCGAGUCGACCGGGAACGGGGAGGACACGGUGACAGCGACGACCUCACCUUGUUACAGCCAAGUGGGAGAACAUGUGAAACGUUUACGACUUUGUUCGGUUUUGUGAGCAGGCAUGUACGUUUUAGCUUCGCCAUUUGGCCUCGCAUUUAUUUUUCUGUUCUGUUUUUCCCUUGCCAGCGCACCGUGCACUUUGAUGCAGAAAACACACGUAUGCAAAAGCGUGUGCGUACUGCUUU